AGAACAUGAGAGUCGAAAGUACUGUUCACCACAUCACAUGGGAUAUUGAGUGAGGAGCAAGAUUCUGGUGAUCGGAGGAACUGGUUACAUGGGAGAAUUCAUCGUUGAAGCUAGCGCUAAAGCCGGUAACCCAACGUUCGCUCUUGUCCGAGAAGCAUCUCUCUCCGAUCCCGUCAAGGGCAAAACCGUCCAACGCUUCAAAGAUCUCGGCGUCACAAUACUACACGGAGAUUUGAAUGAUCAUGAAAGCUUAGUGAAGGCCAUCAAACAGGUCGAUGUGGUGAUAUCAGCCGUAGGGAGCAAGCAAAUCUUGGAUCAAACCAAGAUCAUUUCCGCAAUCAAAGAAGCCGGUAACGUUAAGAGAUUCUUGCCGGCUGAGUUUGGGGUAGACGUGGAGAGGACCAGUGCCGUUGAGCCGGCAAAGUCAUUUUUUGCAAGGAAGGUACAGAUUAGGAAAGCCAUAGAAGCUGAAAGAAUACCAUACACUUAUAUUGUUAGCAAUUGCUCUGCUGGUUUUUACUUGCGCACAUUAGUCCAGUUCGAGUCUAGUCUCAUUUCUCAUACCAGAGACAAGGUUAUCAUUUUUGGCGAAGACAGUGUUCCUCCUAGAGACAAAGUCACCAUUUUAGGGGAUGGAAGUGCCAAAGUUGUGAUCAACAAAGAGGAAGAUAUUGCUGCUUACACAAUCAGGACAGUGGAUGAUCCAAGGACUCUGAACAAAACACUCUACAUUAAACCUCCUAAGAACACUUUAUCAACGAAUGAUAUGGUAACCUUGUGGGAGAAAAAGAUCGGCAAGUCUCUCGAGAAGACUCACAUCUCAGAAGAACAAAUUCUUAAAAGCAUCCAAGUUCCCAUCGAUGUGUUUAAGUCGAUAAACCACUCCAUAUAUGUGAAGGGAGAUCUGACCAGUUUCACUAUAGAGCCUUCAUUCGGUGUGGAAGCCUCUCAGCUUUACCCUGAUAUCAAGUACACCACUGUCGAUGAGUAUCUCAGUGAAUUAGUCUGAGCAUAUUACCAUACUCACCUCAAUGAUGACGCUAGUUUCAUAAUUGUAACAAUAAAUAAUGAUUCUCCCAAUCGUGAAUGAUCGAUGUGUGUGUGUUUGUGUGUA